AGUUGCUUUUCUCUUCCUAACUUCCUCUUUUCUUGCUUUAUACUUUUAAGCUUUAAACCCCAAAAACAAAGUUUUUUUUUUUUUUUCUUUUUGGCAUUUACCCUUUUUUCCAACAUUCAAAUGGCUGGGAAUUCUCCGUGUGCUUCAUGUAAGCUUCUGAGACGCAGGUGUACCAAGGACUGCAUCUUUGCUCCUUAUUUCCCUUCCAGCGAUCCUCAAAAGUUCGCCUUAGUUCACAAGGUUUUUGGUGCUAGCAAUGUUAGUAAAAUGCUCCAGGAACUUCCUCUUCACCAAAGAGCAGAUGCUGUGAGUAGUUUGGUGUAUGAAGCACAUGCAAGAGUUCGAGACCCGGUGUAUGGUUGUGUUGGAGCCAUAUCCUACCUGCAAAACCAGGUUUCUGAGCUUCAAAUGCAGCUUGCAGUGGCUCAAGCAGAGAUAUUCUGCAUUCAGAUGCAACAGGAGCCAGUGAUGCCAAAUCCAGAAAUGCAAGACCCAGAUCACAAAUCUUACCUUCUCCAAAAUGAACUCCCUCAAUACCUCAACUAUGCCUCAUCUAGCAAUGUAAUUUAUGAUUCUCUCUCAAGGGAGAGCAUAUUUGGACAUGACAUGGUUUCUUAAAUGCAAAUAAAUCA